AUGGCGGCCCACAUCAAGGUCGUGGCACGGUUCCGACCAGCCCAUGUCCCUGACGAUGCGCUGCAUGUAAGCAGCCAUCACGAGGUCGUGGUCGCGUUGGAUGGCACGUCGACCGUGCAAAUGACACGCGGCACCGAGACGAGUUUUGUGUUUGAUCAUGUGUUCCCGAUGGAUACGCCACAGGCCGACGUGUUUGAGUACGGUAUUAAGGACACGGUCGAAGAUGUGAUGCUUGGGUACAACGGCACGAUCUUUGCGUACGGCCAGACUGGGUCCGGUAAGACCUAUACGAUGAUGGUGCGUAGUCUCUUUCUGACGCGGCAGGGCCCCGACAUUCACGAUCCUCAUACGCGUGGCCUGAUUCCACGCAUCACUGAUCAGAUUUUCCACCGGAUUCUUACCAGUCCGCCCACGCUCGAAUACGUCGUAAAGGUCUCGUUCAUGGACAUUUACAUGGAGCGCGUUCGCGAUUUGCUAGCUCCGGACCGCACCAAUUUGCCAGUGCAUGAAGAUCGCGUUCGCGGAGUCUAUGUAAAAGGGCUCUCAGACAGCUACGUUGCGUCGCCAGCGGACGUGUACGAGGCGCUGCGCACAGGCAAUGCAGCGCGUGCAGUCUCCUCGACGCGCAUGAACACCGAGUCGUCACGAUCGCAUAGCAUAUUCACCUUUACUGUGCAGCAGCGAAAUACAGAGACGGGGGCGUCCAAGAGUGGACGCCUGUACCUUGUCGACUUGGCCGGCUCCGAGAAAGUCCAGAAAACAGGCGCGAGUGGUCAAACGUUAGAAGAGGCGAAGAAGAUCAAUAGGAGUCUCAGUGCGCUGGGCAUGGUCAUCAAUGCUCUGACCGAUGGCAAGUCGAUGCACGUCCCGUACCGUGACUCGAAGCUCACACGCAUCUUGCAGGAGUCGUUAGGCGGCAAUUCACGUACGACGCUGAUCAUCAACUGUUCUCCUGUUGCGUACAAUAUGGACGAGACCAUAUCUACGUUGCGGUUCGGUAUGCGGGCCAAAUCCAUCAAGAACAAUGCACGUGUGAAUGUCGAGCUUUCGCCCACGGAGCUUCGUGCCUUGGUCCGCAAAGCCUCGGCACAGACGCAUGCGUACAAACAACAUGCCGAGCAGCUGGAAAAGGAGCUGGAAGCAUGGCGCGCUGGUCGUGCGAUGCCUUCGACGCAAUGGAUACCCCUCCUUCGGCAAGGCGGCUCCCUGCCCACGAGUUCACGUCAUUCUGGGCCCUCGGCAGAGACGGCGGCUACCGAGGCGGCAACAGCCACUGAGACAGCACACGCCAAAGAAGUGCAUCGAUACCAACAGCGUGUGCAGGCGCUUGAGAUGGAGUUGCAGAACGAGAAGCUGAAGAAUGCUGCCUUGCAGAUAGACAUGAAAGAUCUCAAGGAGCAGUGUGACGAAUGGCAGGCGAAGGCGGCGGCGGCCGAAGAUACCGCGGCGGCCGCCACGGCUGCUGCCAAAGACGCGGCGCCCUCGACGCAUACGCGUGAAGAACGUGUCGAAGCGAUGCUAAAGGAAGUGACCGGUGCGUCUGUCCCGCUCGAGCCUCUAUUGGAUCUCGUGCAUGUGCUGUCUGUGGCGAGCCAGGAGACGUCAGCAGCGAUGCCGCUCACUACGGAGCAAGUGCAUACGCUGGAAGAAGGGCUUGUACAAACGCAUCUUGUGCUGUCUCAGCAAGUACAAGCCGCGCGCAUUGCGGCGCAGGAAAACGCUGUGCUGCAGCAGCAGAAGAAUGCCUUGUCGGAUCGAAACACUGCCUUGCAGCAGCGCUACGAUCUCAUUACCAACCAAAUUGGCGCGUUGGAGCAUGGGCUGCGUGUAGGCGACGAUGGCGCGUCGCAGUUGGCGGAGCUUCGUCAAGUGCUUGACGAGCAUUCGUCGGCCCACCAACUGAAUACGAGCACGGAAGCGACGCAUCUGGAGCAGCUACUUGCGAUUCGCAGCGAAGAGACGGCGGGUCUCACGCGCUCGCUGGACGAUCUACGUGCGAGUCACGAGGAGCAACGACGCGCGCUCGAGCUGCUGAGUGCGUCGCUGAUCCGCGGCGAGGCGCGUGGGCCGGAUCCGGCGAUUGUGCAGCGCCUUUUGGAUGCGUCCUGGCAGAUGGAGAAGACACGUGAACUUGUUUCGCUACGUUUGCGGGAGUACGAGCGGCUGAAAGAGCAGCUCAUGCAAGGUCUGCGGGAACGCAGCGAGCGUAUCGUGGAGAUGGAGAUGGAAGUCGAGGAAAUGCAAGACCACUAUCGCAUGCUGCUACAGAGUCUCAAUAUGCGUGUCCAGCAGCGCAAGAUGAGCAUGAUGGAACGCCGAUUGGAGCAGCUAACGAAUGUCCAACGACGUCUGAUCGACCAAAACUCUACCCUGAAACGCGAUGUGGCCUUGGCCGAGAAACGCUGGCAUGCGCGCCAUCAACGCGAGAACAUUCCUCCCUCGCCGACGUUGUCUGCCUCGUCGUUCACGUCGCGCGCUUGGUCCGACGUAUCGGAGCCGAUGAGCUACGCGCCACGCAUAGCCAAGCCCAUGCGCGGCGGUGGUGGUGGCAGCACGACGGCCGCAGAGGCACGCGUCGCCUCUCCACCCAAACCCAAGCGGUGGCUCUCCGGCGCGCCGUAG